UCGAACAACUUUUCGAAACACGGAAUUACCAGUGCUCCUCCUCUUUGUUGACUUUGUUACACACUCCUUUGCGUUGACCUCCAACAAGAAACUUCAGGCAAUCAAAUCAGACAAAGAGACACGACAAAGCACAAUCAAGAACUCGCCGGUUUUUAGAAGAGCAUUGUCUUCAGGCUGACAACGAGGACAAGAAGUCGACCAUAGACACCGCUUGACACUCAAAAAGGGCCACUGGCCCAGUCCUAACGCACAUUUCCUUCGCAUCUCUAGACUCGAUAUACGCGAACAAGCUAACAAAUUUUCAAGAUGUGUAUCACACUAACUGUUCAUCACACCACAUGCCCCUCGAACCAGCCAAUCGUCCAUAUCCCUGAGACGCAAUUCGACAUCUACCACCCGUUCCACGAACCGAGCUGCGACUGCGCGCAGCUAGUACCUGAAGGGCGCGAAUGGGUCCGAUCAUGCAAUAGCCAUGGACCCUGCUGCAAGACUUAUAGCAUGGAGAUAUGCGACAACAGGGUAAAGUAUGGGUAUUACAAGUGCCUCAAAUACCAAGGCCAAGCCCAUCUGGUGCUACGCUAUGGGUCCAGAGGCCCUUUGACCGGCUCGACAGUGUCCAAAGACUUGCCCAAGGAGCCUAAAAUUCUUGGAAACCAAGACUAUGCCGAUGCUAUCAUGCGAGUACUGCAUGAAGUCCUCGAAACAGGGGUUGCGAUCCGAGAAACGCAACAGAAGGAGCACAUUGCUUGGCCUUCUGACAACGAGGAUCUGAGAAAUGGGCUACUAUCGAAGCCUGAACACCAUCAACUUGCCCAGGAAUGGGAGACUAACAUUACCGCCUGGCGGAGGAUGUGCCUUCAGGUUGCCGACUUUCCGCCAUACCACCGAGCGAAAGCCACGGGCGAGGACUGGCUCAAAAUCACUGCUUUGCCACAAUGGCUCGCUGCUUUCAGAGCGAAUCUCGUUGACUACACGGAAGAAGAGCGUGUUGAGCUGGCAGACAAUCCAGACGUCGAGUGGUUGAGUUUCCCAGAGGAUAAUGAUUUCAGCAACAAAAUAAUCAAGGAGAUAAAUGACUUUUCCAAAAUUGUAUCAGACAUGAUGAGUUUCAUCGACACAAUUGAGUACGGCAAUGAACUUGACACCGAGGGGGAAUCUCUCAGCAACCUGUGCACACCGUCGUGUGACAACCGCUUCGUUAUGGAAUCUCCCUGCGGUACCACAUUCGUCAUUGACAACGAAAUGGAGUCUGAUGUCAUCCAUGAAUGCGGUGAUGAGGCUUCUCAGACCGAGCUGUCCAUGGCUGAACCCGAUGAAGGAUCCUUCAGCAUCGACAUUCAUCGGGGAUGUGAAGAUGAAGGUCAACAUGGGGAACCCUUGCUCCCGUAUGUGCUGAAUCAGUGCCGCCUUCACGGCGAGGAAACAGGGGUUGGUCAAGCAUGGCAUAUUGUGCUUCGACACCUAUAUGCCAGCGGCAGUCUGGACACUGAGAUCGCUGCCCUCUGCGAGGAAGCAGGUUUGGUACUUGAUAUGUAUCAAGAGGCUGCCGACGCGAAACAGGAGCAGCGAGCAGGCGAGCUAUAUGAUGAAGCCUCCAUGAUCGCCAAGUUCCUCCAGGAAUACAGGGAACGCGACUUACAAUACCAACUCGACACAGGAUCUUGUGCAUCCGAGCCCAUCUACGGCCCCACUGCGAUGUCCAUUCGUCGACCAAGGUUUAACAGAGCGUUGGAAAGACAUGCCCGGCUGCUGGGUAUCGAGAAGGCGUAUCUGACACUUCCUCCCCAGGAGCUAUACGUUCACAUGCUCAACGAUCCCAAUACCACAGCACUAAGCAUCGAGGAGAUUCUUGAAGGCCAUAUGGUCCCCCCCUGGGGAGCUGUUUCACUCGCGUCCCGUGCGCCUUCUAUGGGUGAGCGUGAGCUCGACAGCGAGGACUGCCUAGACGCUGUUCGUCGACCGCAGAGCGAUGAAUUUAAAAUCCGAGGCGCGUCUGGGGCGUCAGCAACAAACCAUACCAUGGACAAGCAAGUCACAGAUGGUAUGACCGAUCAACAGCUGAACACGCCGUCGGGCUUCAUCAAACGAAAGUUCAGUAAGGCGCCACCCUGGAGACAACACGCCAUGGUCACAAAAUCAUUGCAUCCCACAGCAGGUCCUUCUGCAGAAAGCGAUGUGACCCACAACAUUGUCGAGGCUGAGAGCUCGCCUCCCCUGAGUCGUAGCGGUGUCCAGGGCGAACAAGGCAUCGAGAUUCCACGACAUCUGUCAAAUGAGUCAUGUAUUUUCGUAUCUUCUGACCCAGAGGAGUCAAAUGAGAAGCCAGGAACACCACCCACUGGACUUAUUGACCUUGAGAAGCCUUCUAUCCCAGAGGUUCCCGAAGAGCACGAAGAUCUAGGAUAUGAAGCGGGCUACGAAUCAGUGACCAGCUCUGAAGGCCAUGUGACACCUCUGAGCACUGCACCAAAUAUGCCGACGCUUUCUCUCCUCGGUGGCUCUGCUUCGGGGGCUCCAGACCGAUCAGAGCGACCGCGUACGCGACAUGGAUGCGCCACGAGACCCAGCGGCUCCCAUCGAUUCUCGCCGUGCGCCCGACCACAAGCUUCGAACGUACAAAUCUUCAAGAUGCGAUCGACUGGUUCGAAAUCCCGCACAUCGAUAUCUUCAAGUGAAGGGUCGACCGACGCUCCCCCUCACCGGGGCCGUCGACCGGCAAGAGGGUACGUACAUCUUCCUGAGAGCGAUGGUGACAAAGCACCGCCCUCAAAUUCCACGGCCCCAUGUUCAUCAAACUCGACCAACAAGCCUAGCUUGACCUGCGAGGAGCGCAAGGCUUCUCUGGGCUGCAGUUACUCUGAGCCCUCGUUGCCUGGAUCAGACACAUCAAGUGAUGGCAUGAUCCCCGAGGAACAGGCACCUUACAGCCCUACAUCAGCCUCGUCCUCCGAUGUUUCAAAAAUCGAGGAGCCUACUUUGAGUGCAUCUAGCUGUUCGAGUGAACCUUUGGACGAGAAGUCACGCUCAAACAAGCGCAAGCGCUCUGAUAAGCCUGAAACCGAAGGGCCCUUGCACAAGAGAGUCGCUGGGAAAGGUCCGAGGCGAACACCUGUGAAGACAGUGGCGAAGAUGGCGUCUGUGCCCAGGAGGGAAAGCCCGCGUCUCAGAGGUAAGGCGAGACGUAAUUAUUGUGAGUGAUGGGUAGACAUACGUAGUAAGUAUUCGUUGUUUGCAUUGGGGCAUACAGGAGUUAUAGCAAUU